AUGACAGCCUCAACCUACGACGACAUCGUCACAACGACCCGCCGUCUCAUCGCCGAAAAAGACGCCAUAGAAGACCGCAUCCGCUCCCUCGAGCAAGUCCUGUCCUCCCAAAACCUAACAAUGACAACCCCCCUAACGGACGCCGACGGCUUCCCGCGCGCCGACAUUGACGUAUAUAAUAUCCGACAUGUGCGCGUGGAGAUCAUUCGGUUGCGGAAUGACCAUCAGGAGAUGAUGGGGAGGAUAGAGAAGGCGCUUGCCGAGGUGCAUGAGGGGGCGAGGAGGGAGGGGAGGAGUGGGGUAGCGGGUGGGGAAGGGGGGAAUGAAGAAGCACUGUCACCGUUUGCCAAGAUCGAUGCAGUAGCCCCCGACAGUCCCGCCAGCGCGGCAGGAUUGGCGCGGAACGAUCUUAUCCUACGAUUUGCAACAAUAACAGCAACAUCCCACACGGAGCCCCUGAAACAACUGCCCAGCGCCGUCGUCGAAAACCAACGCAUCAAAGUCCUCGUCUUGCGUAACGGCGAAAAGCACGACCUCGCCCUCGUACCGCGCAAAUGGGGUGGGAGGGGCCUUUUGGGGUGUCAUCUUGUCCCGCUCUGA